AUGACGUCGAACCAGAAGAAGCGGGAACCAUGGAGGAGCGAAACCCGAUAUUGUUGCGCCGCUUGCAACGUCUGGAUGGACAACAAUCGCGCCAGCAUCAUGACUCACGAGAAUGGGCGCAAACACAAAGAGGCUGUUUCAAAAGGUUUGGAGCAAAAGCGACAAGACCGAAUGAAAGAGGAACGUGAUUUGCAAUUCCUGCAGUCUUCGCUUCAAAAGAUGGAACGAGCUGCUUUGCAAUCUCACUUGCAACAUGAUACAGCGCUAUUGGUAAAUGAUCUAUCUGUCGCGCGGCCACCGAACGACGAAAAACAGUCUUCUCAGUUCCGUGCUCCACCGCCGGCCACAAAAGGGAAAAAGGAAUGGAAUUCUCGGAAGAGACAACGCUCAGAAGGAAAACAGGACGAUGGAAACGUGGAAGCGGAACAGGUGGUCCCACAACGUAGGAAAAUUACCGGAAAUGAAGGAUCGUACAAGCUUGAUGACAAGACAUAUCUUGAAGGCCCCACAUAUUCAGAGAUACUAGAAGAAGAUAUGCCAAUCGAAAUUUGGACUGGUCCGAUUGCAAGCUUGGAAGAAAAACGGCUCAUUGAUCGACAGGCACAUUGGAAAAAAGGUAUCAUUACUACAAUUAGAAAGAACGCACAAAAAAUGAAGAUUCAUAUUGCAUAUCUCAGUUCUCUCGAGAGCAAUGAAGAAACGACGGAGUUAAAUGUAUCAGUGAACAGAAUACGACUUCUUCUUGGUUCAGAUGAAAAGAUUCCAGAAACUCUUGAGGAAGCCCGCUUGCUUGCUAUGGGUGGUGAAGAAAUUAACGUUGAACAGCAGCAGUCAAAAGAAAUAGUCGAAGAAACUGGAUUUUCAAGUUGGUCGACAGUCGCUAUCAAACGCUCAACCGUUCGACAUGAGCACAAAGAAGAGAGGAAUAGAUUGAGAGAGGACCGCAAGCGUGCAGCCUUAGAAAAGGAAGCACAGGAAAAGGAGGCAGAGAUGCGUCAAAUGGAAGCUGCGAAGGUAGCCAAUGCGGACGAUUCGGCGCUUGGGGCAUUCGACGCAUUGGGAACCGGGGAUUAUCGAGGAUUUCAAAUCCACCAGGAGGCAGAGGUGACACUUGCAGAUACGGCAAAGCGGCUGGCGAAUGGAUCUGUGGCCUUCAAAAAGAAGAAGAAAAAGCCGUCAAAACGAAGUAUACGGCAGACCUCUGCUGACUAG